AUGGGCCGACCUUGGGCCUGCGACCCGAAUGACGACAAGGAGCGAGCGAAACGUCUGGAGCUGCUGGCCGAGCGGGCCAAGCGUUUUCGCGAGGAGCUGGGCCGACGCCUCGACGGUGCUCAGAGGGAGGUCGCAACGUCGUCACCACUGAAUGCAGCUGCAGCAGCCGUAGAGCUGAUCGAAGCGUCUGACCCGCUAUUGGCCGGUAUCGAGAACAAGCGGCAUGACGACUUGAUCAGACCAGAGGCACAGCGCCAUGUGACUGCGGUGCCCGAGACCCGUGAGCUCGAGGCAGAAGCAAAUGAUGGGGCCAGGCAUGGCCACUCGGCUUGUUCUGGCAGAGAAGGUGGUUCCCCGGAUGUCAAUUCCGUGCAACUCGCUAUUGACUCCAUGCAGUUGGCACCUGUAUUCGCUGAGAUGGUGUUGAAGCGCCAGUGGCUAGCGUUGAAGGUUCUCCUUGCUGGAGAGGCGUUUCUCGUGCCAUGCCGUGCUGCGAGGGAUGGUGUUUUCGUCUUCAGCCAUAUGUCCUGGCACUCCUUGGGUGCCUUGCACUCAGCCCGACUGCAGCUUGUGGCAUCUCACAGCGACGCGUGUGUACAGUCCAUGCAAGAGCCGAUUGCCUCACAGCUUGUUGUCAUGGCGACGGCUGAAUUGUCACAACAGGUUCGCAAGACGGGCCAUGAGCGCCUAGAAGUGCCUUUGCAAGCUUCCUCAGGGCCGCACGAAAGCCCUCGAUUGGUUGGCAGCAUCUCCGUGACGCUAUCCUUUAGUUCAGAAAACGUCCAAGCCCCUCGUAUGGACGGGUCCUUGGAGCCGAGUGGGGUUCACCUCAAGGUUUGGCUCGAAGACUUGAGGCUGCGGCUUCCUUCCUUGAACGGUGUCUUUGUCGUCUUGAAGUUGGGUCCAGAGCAGGAGGUCGUUGUGCAUGUCUCCAAGCACGGGCAACGAGUAGAAGAAGGUGACUUGAUAGGCCGCCUUGGAUUCAUGGCUGUGGCAGAGCACACUGCUUGGAGCUUCGAUGCUGCUCGAGCUAUCCUGAUAUCCGGCCCGCGUCCUGAGAAGUUGUUCUUCCAAGUUUGGGCUGGGCAAGAGCUGCUUGGCCUUGUAGGCGUUCAAGUACCUGUACUUCAUGAGGAGGCAAUGCGCGACCUCGCACAACGUGGCCGUCCUUGUGUUGAGCUUUUGGCGGUCGAAUUGCCGGUGCAAGCAACCUCCAAUGGUGAGCUGAUUGGCAGCCUUCGUGCUAAGAUUAUGGCAGAGUUCACCUCGCAGAGGCGUGAAGCUGGCCCAAAGGCAGUGGAAGCAGAAAGUGACGAAGGUGAGGAAGGCGACAAGCUGCAGCAGAGGUCGGCUCAGAGCAAGGGCCCCGCUCAAGGAUGCAUAGAGCUGUCGGCGCCGCUGUCAGACAGAGAGGCUGCGACUUGGUUCCGGCAUAUGUUCUCACAUCAGCUUUCCGAAUCCUUGCGGAUUUCCGCUGAUCGCAUACAUAUUUGUCGAGUCGACGGAAGGACGCUGGUCUUCGAGAUCGCUCCCGGGCCCAGACACGAAGCGCCACCCGGGGAUGCCCUCGCCGAGCUGGGGAGGCAACUUGCCACGCGAGAUGCUCCGAUAUGGAACACCAACCUGGCCAAGCUGCUCGCGACAGAUCCGCCGAUGAUGGAUGCACAAGAGCCCAGAGGUGAGCAGAGGUUGGCCUACGCUCCGAGGGCCGCCGUUCCGCUCGUACAGGACCCGAGAGAACCCUGGAGUGCAACAAGGGCUGAGCUGAUGGGAAGCCUUCAGCAGCGCCUCUUCGAAGUGGUACAUGCGUCUGGUGUCGAGGUGAGCAAAGCCUUUGCAGUUCUCGACACGAAUCGCGACGGCCUGGUUGAAAUCACCGAUAUGGUCGCCCUCCUCAACCAUCUUGGACUUCCCCUGCCGGAGGAUGUUCUUCACUUGGCAGAGAAGCUUUCCAACGACGAGGGGUGCCAAGUGGAGUUGUUGGACUUCUGCAGGCGCUUUUCUGCUUGGCAGUCCUGCCGUGUUGCCGACACUUUGCCGCCGGCUCCUGUGCCCUCAGCCUGGGAAAAUCUGCUUCUGCCGCAGGGUGCUCGAGCAGACAGGUGUCUUUUGAUGCCUUCGUUCUUCCUGUACGCAUUGCUGGACCCAGAGGGAACAGGCCGUGUUCCGCCCGAGACGUGGCACUGCACGGCAAGAAGAUGUCUGGGUUUCAGUGCCGAUGCAGCAGCCGCCACGUACGGCUUCUGCGAUCAACAUGGAAUAGGCGCCUUGACCUACCGUGACUUUCGGCGCUACCUGAAGCGUGUGGACGAGCUUCGUGCCCAGCGCCUGCCACCAGAGGCAUGCCUGCCGAUUCAUGCCUUUCGGCAAGACAUCCGUGCCUCUCUAGAGCUGGCAGAUGGCAGCAGCCCAAGUGAGCCCGUGAACCGGCUUGCGGCGGUGGCGGCAUCUUUGGAGCGGCGAGGGCGAGAGCUGGAGCAUGAGGUGACCGUGACUGGGCUUGAGGAGCUUCUGUCGGACCUGCGGCUAGCUCCGGAGGUGGCCGCGCACAUGGUGGAGUGGCAGGCUCAAUCCGUCCAAGCUUCCAAGCUGUCGAAGCAUGGAGUCUCUCACAGCGGCAGUGUGGGCAUCGAGAGGACAAAACCCACCAGCGCCGUUGACCUACCGUGGGUUCCUCUCCUUGUUGCAGCAUGCGCGUGCACUGGUUCAAAGCCAUCUCGAUGGCCUUCUGCGUGCUUGCCUGGCGGCUGGCGUCGACUUGCAAGCGGUUCUCGGCUUUGCGCUGCUCCGGCCGAACCAGGCCGAAGCUUGCAGUUUUUGUUUGCUCUUUUGUUUCACGUCCAUGUGUUUUUCGCAGCCAUUGGCGGCCAGUUGCAGCCUGCAGUUUACAGAUUUACAGAUGCUUACAGAGCGGCUUGCUCGCAGUUUCGAAUCUGUUUGCUGACUGUGGCGUUGCCCUUGCUUGCACAGGCGCUGUCCGCGGAAGAGCUUGCUGGUGCUCUGGUCGCGGCCGGAGUGGACCUGAAGUCUGUGGAUCCCCAGGACUACUGCAUGCUUUCCACUUGUGUUCAAUAG